AUGUUGAAGAUACAAACACCCUCUUUCUCCCAUCAUGGUGUCGCUUGGUCUCCAUACUUUGAAGAUAAAAUCGCAGUGGCGAGCGGUACGAAUUUCGGUUUGGUAGGUAAUGGUAGAUUACAUAUCCUUCAAUUGGCUCCUCAGGGAUUAUCAGUAUUCAAAACGUUUGACACUCAGGAUUGUGUCUACGAUGUCGCAUGGCAUGAAUCUCACGAAAAUCAGGUCAUUGCGGCUUGUGGGAACGGUUCACUUAGAUUAUUUGACAUUUCACUCGAAGGUCUUCCAGUAAAAGGCUGGAACGAACAUUCAGCGGAGGUCGUACAUGUUGAAUGGAACAAUUUACAAAAAGAGACAUUCGUCACUGCUUCAUGGGAUCAGACCGUUAAAAUUUUCUCAGUAGACCGAACCACCUCCUUACUCUCUAUCCCAGCUCAUAAUGCUCAAAUAUACACUGCAACCUGGUCCCCUCACACUCCCUCCAUGCUUGCAACCUGUGCGGCCGAUGGUCUGGUCAAAGUUUUCGACAUUCGGAAUCGUGAUCCUACACGUCCAGUGCAGAUAUUUCAAGUAGCUCCGGAGGAAGUGUUAAGUUGUGAUUGGAACAAGUACGACCUGAGUACUUUGGCAACCGGGGGAAAAGAUAAGAGUGUACGGAUAUGGGAUAUGAGAGGUGGGAGAACUGAAUGUGUAGGAGAUCUUCAGGGACAUAGCUUGGCAGUGAGGAAAGUUCAAUGGUCUCCUCACGACAGGAACGUUCUAGCCUCAACAUCAUAUGACACGACCUGUAGAAUGUACGUUCUUUGUCUCCCAAAGCUUAUCGCUGAUUACAGAUGGGGUAUCAAUCCUUCCAUCACGAGACAAGUUCACGACUUACAUACCGAAUUCUGUAUGGGAGUAGCAUGGGCUCUUUUUGACCCAGGUUUGAUCGCCACGUGCGGUUGGGACCAAGAGGUGCAUCUGUUUCGAGCAUAA